CCCCGGAGGGUUUUGGUUCUGCAGUAUGUCCCGUGUAUUGGGCUUCGUCUCGGCGCUGCUCUUGCGGACGGUGAGCCGGGGUUCGGCUGCAGAGUUCUGCCGACAGGAGCGAAACCAACGGCCGCUCUCUUGGGCUCCAUUUUACCUAAGUCAAUCCAGCAGCUACCGGAGUGUUUGUACAGCUCCCUCUGAAUCUGUCACCUACCAGGAAUUAAAACAGUUGCUCAAAUCAAAUACAUUCGUGAUCGAUGUUAGAGAACCCUGGGAGAUCAGGGAGUAUGGACAGAUUCCUGGAUCUAUAAAUAUACCACUGGGACAAUUGGAGCAAGCCUUGAAGUUGAAUCCCAGCAAAUUUAUGGAAGCAUACAAUGGGAAGAUGCCGUCCACAUCCGACAAAAUCGUGUUUUCAUGUUUGGCAGGAGUCAGGAGCAAGAAGGCUUUAGAUGCUGCUGUAUCAAUGGGCUACAGUAGAGCUCUACAUUUCCCUGGUGGUUGGGAAGAAUGGGUGAAACGUGAAUUUUCUGAGAAGCAACAUUAAACUGUUCUAAGAGAUUGUUCUGGAAUAUUUUCCUAAAGCAUUUGAAGAAAUAUAUCUAAAAAUAGAAUAUAAAUUAUCUUUAUUGCAGAAGGUUCUUGCAAACUUAUAAUAUGCUACAUCGUGAUCACUACUCAGGAAUAGUAAAUCUGCACUUGUUAAUACUUGAGCUUUUCUUCACUUUAGCUUAAAAAUUGAAUGUUUUUCUAUAUUUGUGAUUAUGAAAUCUGAAGGACCUUUUGUGAAACUUUACAUUGUUUUGUUCAUUUGCUCAGUGCUUCAGGUGACAUGAGUAACACUAGCAAUGUUUAUGGUGGUGCAGCUGAUAAAAUGAUCAGUUUUACCAUGAGUAUUCUUUUGGAAUAAUUAAAUUAAUCAUAUUUACUGUUUUUUAAAUUAAGUCAAAUCUGUAUUAAAGCAAUUCUUACCACAACAACAACCAAGAUUCAAUCUCAAACCCACCUUAUGCCGUUUUAAGCAUAUACCGUAUUACGGAAUUACAAUUUUAAAGUUGUUACACCUGUGUAUUAAGGCACAACUAGUAAACAUAAUAUUUUGAAACUGAAGUCUCUGAAAAUAGAAAAGUAAAACUUUGGUUCUGUCUAGAUGUUCUGUAACCUGUUGUACUUUAUAUGUUGAAAGUAAUCCUGGCAGCGUCACUGCAUGUAUAAUUUUUGUGAUGUACUGUUUUGCACACAUUUGAUUAUAAUAAAUCUGUCCCAUGUU